AUGCUUAAUGAAGAUGGGUUAAUCUGUGUUAGUGGGCGACUCAGGAAGGCGACUCUUCCAAUUAUCAUGAAGCACCCUAUUGUCGUACAGGGUAAGUGUCACAUUGCAACUUUACUAGUAAAACACUUCCACCAUAAUAUAUAUCACCAGGGCAGACAGUUUACUGAAGGAGCAGUGAGAGAAGCUGGGUAUUGGGUAGUUGGGUGUAAAAAGUUGGUAUCUUCUAUCAUCCAUCAUUGCGUAACCUUCAGAAAGUUAAGAGGAAAGCUCAGUAUCCAGCGUAUGGCUGAUUUACCCAGUGAUAGGAUUACAUGUGUCCCACCUUUCACCAAUGUAGGGGUCGAUUGUUUCGGGCCGUGGGAAGUGACAGCCAGAAGAAAGAGAGGAGGAGUAGCUUUAAAUAAACGGUGGGCAGUGAUGUUUUCGUGCCUUACCUCAAGAGCCAUCCACAUUGAAGUAAUUGAGACGAUGAGUAGUUCUUCAUUUAUAAAUGCGAUGAAGAGACUAAUAGCCAUCAGAGGAGCAGUUAAAGUAUUUAGAUCUGAUCAGGGGUCUAAUUUCAUUGGUGCAAUUGGAGAUGAUACAGUCCAAACGUAUUUGCUUAAGAACAAUGCCAAGUGGCAUUUAAAUCCUCCACAUGCCUCUCACAUGGGAGGAUCAUGGGAGAGGAUGAUCGGAGUAACAAGAAGAAUUCUAGAUGGCAUAUUAAUUAAACAUAAGUAUCAAGCCUUGACACAUGAAACACUGGUCACUUUCAUGGCCGAAGUCGUAGCAAUAGUUAAUGCAAGACCAUUGGUACCAUUGACUACAGAUGCUGAGGAGAUAGGCUAUCUAAGUCCAGCACUGUUACUUACCCAAAAGCAUGGUAGCAUCGAAACCUUUGAACCUAAUUUGAGCACCAUUAGCUACCGGUGUCGUGCUACACAGGAUAUUAUUAAGAUACAAUUUUGA